AUGAGCAGCCUUCCCUCUCCAGCCGAGGCGGCCUUGCUUCCUCACAAUUCUUCUGUUGGGGAGCUGUACCGCUUGAACAUUGCAUUCAUCGCUGUGACGUCCACAAUCAUUGGACUGCGCCUUGUCGUGCGAAUCUUCGUCGUCAAGCAUGUUGCUGCUGAUGACUUUCUCAUGGUGGCCGCCGGGCUAUUCGCAACCACCUUCUCCGCUAUGGCCAUUGUUGGGAUACGAUAUGGUUUGGGAAAACAUAUAUGGGACCUUCCGCAAGACGUGCAGUUCAUCGAGCGGACCAAGAAAGUGAUCCAGACACUAUGGAUAUGUCAAGUCAUGUACGUGACGGCACUUAUGCUGGUCAAGAUAUCCAUCGUCGUCUCCUACCUUCGAGUUUUCCCUACCACAGAUUUCCGCCGAGUCAUGUACGCUCUUAGCGUAGGCAUUGUCUGCGUCUGGAUUUGCAGCAUCCUUGUCACGAUCUUCCAGUGCCACCCGGUUCAAGGAGCUUGGGACUUUACUCUUCCCAGGGACUGCCUGCCUAUCGUGAAGUUCUACUAUUUUACCACCGCCUUCUCCAUCUUCACGGACUUUCUACUCUGCACGCUACCCUUGCCUGUCUUCUGGAGACUCAAGCUUCCGUCACGGCAGAAGUACAUCGUGUCCCUGCUGUUUGCGAUUGGCCUGUUUGCGACUGUGGCAUCGGGCCUACGCAUUAGCGUUCUGCAAAGUGUUGACAGUCUUGACGUGACCAUGGGCUCGGUGUCAACCAUGAAAUGGUCCGUUGUGGAGGUCGGUACUGGCAUUGUCUGCGCUUGCAUACCCUGUCUGAAACCGCUGUUCAAGAACUUCCUGCUGGAAAAGAAUACGUCAAACACCUCGGGAGUUCGAUCCGUGGGUAAAGGCCCACAUACACCUAUGUUGGCCACUGUCAGCGAAGAAAGGCACGAACUAACUAAGCCUCCUUCACGAGGCUGGACUCCAACCUCACACCCCCGGGUUCGUCAGGAGGACUCCAGGACGAAAGCCAGUUCCGUGGUGAUGACCAAGAACUUCAUUUGA